CCAUUGGCGUGCAAUGUGCACAUCUCCAAACAGCAUACAGUUCGAAGUAGAUUCGGUACGAACGUGUUCGCGUGGCCGCUGCGCGCUGUAAAAGAAAGAGACUGUUCUAAGUGUAAUAUUGGGGACUUGGGAAAAAAAAAUAUCAUUUUGUACCAUCGCGCACUAAAUGCAAAAGGCACAAGUAGCACUUGCAGUCGUGUGCAACGGCUUUUGAAAACUAAAAUAUAUUAACUACAACAUAUAGAGGUGUAGAAAAGAAUUUAAAAAAGUGAAGUUGGGAAAAAGCCGUGAGCGCCGCACUGCCAACUGAGAAAUUGUGCAAAAUGAGUGGGGAUGUGGCUGCUGAAAAUAAUGUACACGUGCAAAAUGGCGGCAGCUGCGAAGUGCAAUCGAAUGGUGUAACCACAAACGGACACCAUCACCAUCAUCAUCAUAGCAGCAGCAGCAACAGCAACAGUGGAGGCAACAGCAGCAGUAAACACAAAUCAUCCAGCAAGGAUAAGCAUCGUGAUAAGGAACGCAGCGAGCACAAGAGCUCUAGCUCAUCAAGGGAACAUAAAAGCAGCAGUAGCAGCAGCCGCGAUAAGGAUAAGCAUAAAAGUAGUAGUAGCAGCUCAUCGAGUGGCAAGGACAAGCAUCGGGAUAAGGAGCGCGACAGCAGUAACUCACAUCGCAGCUCAUCGUCGUCGUCUUCCAGUCAUCGCGAUAAGGACGGCAAGCACAAGUCUUCGUCUAGCCAUCAUCAUCAUAAGAGCGGCAGCAGCAGCUCAUCCUCUAAAGACAGAGAUCGUCGCGACAAAGAUCGCAGCAGUAGCAGCAGUUCUUCCAGUCGGGAUAAGCACAAGUCUUCAUCGUCGUCGUCGUCGUCGAGCUCACGCCACAAGGGGUCAUCGUCUUCAUCAUCAUCGAAAAGCAAACAUUCCAGUUCAAGUUCUCGACAUGGCUCAUCCACGAAAGAUCCCUCCUAUGAUGGUGUAUUCGUUAAGCCAGAGCCCGUCUCACAACCACACACGAAUGACCAUGAUGAUCCCCUACUGCAGUUGCAACAGCUGCAGCAACUCCAGCAGCAGCAGCAGCAAUCUGAGUGCAAUGGCUAUAAGAAUGGCUACGAGGAGCACAUUGUGGAUGUUAAAAAGGAAGAGGAUAACUUUGACUUGUCGCAGGCCAGCUCCUGUGACUACUCCAUGUCGCAGUUUAGAGCCGAUGAGCCAUCGUUUGUGGCCAAACAGGAGGCAACCUAUACGGAGGAUGAUAGCGCCUUAAACGAUGAUGAUGAUGAUGACGAUAAUGAUAAUGAUAAUAACGAUGAUGACGAGGAUAUGCCGUUGGCAAUGCGUAAGCGUAAACAAGAACCCUCCGAUGAAAUGGACGGCGCUGAAGAUGACGAUGAUGACAUUCCGUUGCUUGCGCGUAAGAAGAUCAAAAAAGAAACAAAGGACAAGAAAAACAAAAAGAAACGACCAAAGGAGGAGCUCGAUGACGAAUACGGCAGCGCCAAACCCAAAAAGAAAAAGGUCAAAAAGGAGAAUGAGAUCAAAGCGGAGCCUGUUUCCCCAACCAAGCGUUCGCGCAAGGACAAAAAGGAUGAAGAAGAGGAAGUGUGGAGAUGGUGGGAGGAGGAGAAGCGCGAGGAUGGUGUCAAAUGGACAACGCUUGAGCAUAAAGGCCCCGUAUUCGCGCCGCCCUAUGAGCGCGUGCCCCGCAACGUACGCUUUUAUUAUGAUGGCAAGCCGCUGGAGCUCAGCGAGGAGACCGAGGAGGCGGCAACAUUCUAUGCAAAGAUGUUGAAUCACGACUAUUGCACCAAGGAUGUAUUCAAUAAUAAUUUCUUUAAGGAUUUCCGCAAGUCUAUGACCCCCAAGGAGAAGGAAAUUAUUAAAGAUUUUCGCAAAUGCAAUUUCCAAGAAAUGCAUCAAUUCUUUCUGGCUGAAUCUGAAAAACGCAAAGCAGCCACCAAAGAGGAGAAGCUCGCCAAGAAGAAUGAAAACGAAGCGUUAAUCAAGGAGUACGGUUUCUGUAUGAUCGAUGGUCACAAAGAGAAGAUUGGUAACUUUCGGCUGGAGCCGCCGGGUCUGUUUCGCGGCCGCGGCGAGCAUCCAAAAAUGGGCAUGAUCAAGCGUCGCAUUGCGGCCGCCGAUGUGUCCAUUAAUUGUGGUAAGCAAUCGAAGGUGCCACAGCCACCGCCUGGUGAGCGCUGGAAGGAGGUGCGUCACGACAAUACCGUCACUUGGCUGGCUUCCUGGACAGAAAAUGUACAGGGUCAGGUGAAAUACAUUAUGCUGAAUCCAUCGUCUAAGCUAAAGGGCGAAAAGGAUCAUAUUAAAUACGAGACAGCCCGCAGGCUAGAUAAGUUUAUUGACAAAAUACGCGCCACAUACCGCGACGAAUGGAAGUCCAAGGAGAUGCGUGUGCGGCAGCGUGCCGUAGCUCUCUACUUUAUUGAUAAGCUCGCACUGAGAGCGGGCAAUGAAAAGGACGAGGAUCAAGCCGACACCGUCGGCUGCUGUUCGUUGCGUGUUGAGCAUGUGCAGCUGCACAAGGAGCUCAACGGCAAAGAGAAUGUUGUCGUAUUUGAUUUCCCUGGUAAGGAUUCCAUACGCUAUUACAACGAGGUCGAGGUUGAGAAGCGUGUCUUCAAAAAUCUGGAACUGUUUAUGGAAAACAAAAAGGAUGGCGAUGAUCUCUUCGAUCGCCUCAAUACCCAAGUGCUAAAUGAGCAUCUCAAAGAGUUGAUGGAUGGACUCACGGCUAAAGUAUUUCGCACAUAUAACGCAUCGAAAACGCUGCAAAACCAAUUGGAUCUGCUUACCGAUAGCAACGCAUCGGUUGCCGAGAAGCUGCUGGCCUAUAAUCGCGCCAAUCGUGCAGUCGCCAUUCUCUGUAACCAUCAGCGUUCGGUGCCCAAAGGCCAUCAGAAGUCGAUGGAGAAUCUAAAGGAGAAGAUACGCGCCAAGCGCGAUGCCAUUGAUGACUGCGAGGCCGAAUAUCAUGAUCUAAAGAAGGCGGCCAAGCGUGGUUCUGUGAAGGAAAGGGUUAUUGCUGAUAAGAAGGGCAAAAUACUGGAACGUUUAAAGGAUCAACUGAAAAAAUUAGAACUACAAGAGACUGAUAGAGACGAGAAUAAGACCAUUGCCCUGGGCACAUCCAAACUAAAUUAUCUCGAUCCACGCAUCACGGUUGCCUGGUGUAAAAAGUACGGCGUGCCGAUUGAGAAGAUCUUUAAUAAAACGCAUAGAACCAAAUUUCUCUGGGCCAUUCACAUGGCCGAUGAGAAUUAUCGUUUUUAAACAAUUGUUUUUUAACACAACCAAGAAAAUAUAUACACACACACUCACACGCACACCGCGCGGGAGGAGGCAGCAGUUAAAGCGGUGAAGACCAACUCAAUCAAAUACACACACGCAAAAACACACACCCCACCAACAACAACACAACAUCAUCAGUACCAACACAAACAAACUCAACCAGAUACACAGACACACACAUACACACGGCGAGCAAUCAGUGCAGCCAAAAGGCGCCACCCCGUCGUCGGAAUGAUGCAUCAAGUAACAUCUUCUUCGGAUCGGCAAACCUCUAACGGUUUAUGCAAAACUAUUAUGCAUAUAUACACACACACAACCACACACACAAAUUGAAGGAACACAGAGCGAAUGAGAGGGAAUGAUAUAUAUAUAUAUAUGUGAAUUACUGGUAGCUUUUGUUUUGGUUGCACACAAUAUAUAAUUAUAUAUAUAUUAUAUGAUUUUAAUAAUUGAAGUGUUGCGCACUACGCUGAAGUUUAACUUAGCAGCAAUGUAGUGGCGGGCGCUUGCAAACUGUACCCAACUCAACUCAACACAACACACCACAACUCAACACACCACAACUCAACACACCACACCACACAGACACACAGAAAAUAAAAGUAAACAAAUAAAGAAAACACACAUAAACCGCGCACACAGACGCCCGUACAUAGACUUAUGUAUGAAGAGUGUGUGUGUGUGUGUGCGUGUUUUUUUUUUUUUUUUUUUUUUUGUGUAAGUGCGUGUGUAAGCGCCGCCGGAGAACAUAAUUUUUGUAUGUUAU